AUGGGCAGCGGUGGAGAGGAUCUGCAGAAGGUGAAGCGGGCCGCCGCCGCCGCGCACGAUUACGAGAACGACCCACGGUGGGCGGAUUACUGGUCAAACGUGCUCAUUCCGCCCCACAUGGCCUCCCGUAACGAUGUCGUCGUCGAUCACUUCAAGCACAAGUUCUACCGGCGCUACAUCGAUCCUGAACUAAUUGUGGAGCCGAUAGGUACUAGCAGCACAUCUCAGCCAGCUAGAGCAUCUACCACACCAUCUCAAUCUUCAUCUUCGUCCACUUACAAUAGCAAUACGCGCCAGAGGAAUUCAGGGUCCUCAACUAGAACCUCAGGGACAUCGACAGCCCCACCACCUAGUCCGACAUCAUUGCGCUGGGAUCAACAGACCAUUCAGUUUUCUGUCAAUGCCUGGGUCCUUGUUGUUGCAGUUUUUGCAAUUUUUCCACUAGUGCCUACAAAUCUCUCCAAUCGCGCAUAUCGACUUUCCUUCUUUGGCACUGCAUGCUCUUCUCUUUGUUCCUUGUAUUCAUUGUAUGGGAAACCUAGAGCAUGGAACCUACCGGCUUUGCAAGUAUGGUUCCAGUCUGUGGUAGUUACGAAAGAUUUUAUCUACUCAAUAUACUGCCUUUCUUUCCUCACUUCACAUCUGUGCCUCAAAUUUGCUUUAAUACCCAUACUAUGUCGGACCCUGGAGCAUGUUGCGAAGUUUCUGAGGCGCAACUUUAGCAGGUCAACCUUGUACAGAAAGUACUUGGAAGAGGCUUGCGUCUGGGUAGUGUUACAUACAACUACUCUUAGCAUUCUGUCCUCAAAUGCUGAGAUUGGAAUUGGGUUCCUCCUGAUUAUUUCUCUCUUCUCGUGGCAACGCAAUAUUGUACAAACAUUUAUGUACUGGCAGAUUUUGAAGCUCAUGUACCAUGCCCCUGCAACUGCUGGAUACCACCAAAGUACUUGGGCUAAAAUUGGGCGGACCGUGAACCCGUUAAUCAUGCGCUAUGCACCAUUCUUAAAAACCCCAAUUUCUGCUUUGCAGAGGGGGUUUUUGAGACUUUUCAAGAACUUCAUUGGAGACGACGAGCGGGUUUAUGUUUGUUCGGGCAACGACUUCUUCUCCUUCGAAAGUAACGGUACUAUCGCAUGGAAAGUACACUUGAACUACACAUGCAAUCCAAACAUAGCUCCAGUUCAUGGAGGCUCGAGCAAGAUAUACGUAGUUGCAGAGGAAAGGGUACUAAAAAUCUAUCCUCUGAGGAUUGGAACUUCCGAAGCUCCUGUCGAAGUUUUUUUCGGUCCCGCGCAAGGCAAAGAAGGUCCCGACGAAAUAACGGGACUUUCUGCAAGCAUAUCAAGCUCAUGUGUGCUCGUUAAUGUUAAAAAUCGAGGGCUUUUCGCGUUAAGGUUGACCGGUCAACUUAUAUGGAGUGCUGGCCCAGUGCUUUAUCGACACGGUUAUCGACAAGGUUGCAGAAAAAACAUCACAGAGUGUUAUUUUACUUCGAAACCCGUGAUCGAUCAAUGUGAAGCUAGUAUAUUCAUUUUGAAUACUGUGGGGGAACUAUAUUCGUUAUCUGUUCGUGGGCCUUACUUUAAAUGGAUUCAAGAUUUAAGUUCGUAUGGGGGCACGUUUAAAGUUACUACAGGAAAUAACGGUCGAUUAUAUGUAACUAUACAAGAUAAAUCUCCUCUCGUCUUAGCGUUAGACGUUUUUACGGGGAAUUUACUGUGGCGAGGAAGUAUCGGGCCCUUAAGCUCAUCAGAUUACGAGCCACUUGUUGAUGCUACAGGUUGGGUUUCGUAUGGCUCGUUAGAUGGAUUUCUUUAUUCGUUUUCGCCUAAAGGACUUCUCAAAAAGUUCCCGAAAUCAGUAAGUUUGAACUCGGUUAUUCAAGUUGAACCGAUACUCGAUUGCUCUGGGUAUGGAGUGUACUUUUCUCAAACAGAAAUGGAAGGGAAAAUGUCACACGAGUAUGAUUAUGUAUCGGCAUUGAAACCGAAAAAUUCCAAAUUUACUCUUCUCGAUCCAGCUUCUGGCUCGAUUUACCGGUCGGAAAAUAAUCCUGCAGGUAAACUCUUAUUCAACUUGUCACAGAGUGAUCUUAAACAUUUUGCAGUCGAUGAACGAACUCUUUUGGCUUUCUUUGCUGCUUCAAGUAAUUUUUGCUUUGUUGCAGGCGUUAAACUUAAAUCUAGCUGCUCGCAGGUGAAGACUGAGAGCAUCAGUAUCUACACAGGUAAUCAGAGGACCAUUGUUAUGUUCCUCGUAAUCGAGUCCGUAGUUUUGGUAAUUUUAGCAGCUGUUGUGUGGUAUUGCUGCAUCUUCUGGAAGAAGAAAAAGCUUCGAGGCCUCGAGCUCGGAAAGUUUCUUGAAAAGCGGCGGUCUCUAAGAUUUCAAAAGAAGGCGUUCGACAAAAUGAUAAAGGAGCUCGAGCAGAAAGCAGCAGCUUCGGAUGAAAGAGUAUCUAACUUAGAGUUGUUCGAAAAGUUAAGCGAUUUGGUUAAGGAAAGAGAAGGCGUAAGAAAAAAGCUCUCGACCACAUACAGUUUAGGACGUGACAAGGAAAGAUCACGUUCGAGUUCUCUACUUCCAUUAUGCGACAAAAAGUCUAGAAGCUUCUCGUUCCAAGGUUCCAAGAAAGAGAGUGUCACGAUAUUUCACAACGAAAGCACGAGUUGUGAAGACGUUGAGAGUAGCGAUUUUUCGGGAGAUGGUGAAUUUGACGAGCGUGUCGAGGGGAAGGGGAAAGGGUUAGAACUCGUACUCCAUUCAAUGGAGACACAGGAGUUAAUCAAACUUCCAGCUUCCAGUAACUCCGGGCAUGCAAGUGAGCAUGAGGGUCCAAAUGAGUUUGGUCGUGUAGCCAUUACAUCGGGUUCUCGAAAUUUGAACUCUGAGAUAAAAGCUGAGAUUAAUGGGGAAGCUGGAAUGUUGUCGAAAGAUGAUGACGUGGACAUGUCAAUUUCAAGUGGUGAGGAGAAUUUGGAUCUUAACAGCUCUGUGCUGAAAGAUGAUCUUGAAACAGCAGAUUCGGUCGAAGUGGCUGUGGAAAUGACAUCUGUCACCCAUGUGAAUUCUGAAAAUGGAUCUCUACCUGUCCAGCCAGAAAUCAGUUCCAGUACUCCUAUGAAAGAUGAAACCCUUUUGUCUAAACGUGGUGUCAAGAGACCUCGUGAAUCUGUUGAUGAGCAGCAUUCUUCAGUGCGUGUAAUCUAUAGUUCUUUGCCAAGAGAAAGCAAACAAAAACUUGAAGAGCUAUUGCAGCAGUGGUCAAAAUGGCAUUCACAAAAGUGUUCAUCUUCAGAUAAAUCUAUGCUGGAAUCGGGAGAAAAGACCUACUUUCCAGCUCUUCGCGUUGGCUUGGACAAUCCGUCUGCAAUAACCUUUUGGGUGGACAAUCAAAAGAAGUUGAAGUCAGGCAAGGAUUCUGAACCAUUGGAUAGCACUUCAGUCCCUCUAUAUGAUCGUGGAUAUUCUUUAGCUUUGACUUCUGGUGAUGCUUCCAGUAGAUUAGAUAGUGGUGUGAAGUUGGAUACUUCACGUUGUUUCAACUGCGGUUCUUACGGCCAUGCUCUGAAAGAUUGCCCAAAACCUCGUGAUACUGUUGCUGUUAAUAAUGCUCGGAGAGAGCACAGGUCCAGACGAAAUCAAAAUUCCAAUUCUCGUAAUUUCACCCGGACGAGAUAUUAUCAAAGUUCUCGUGGGGGGAAGUAUGAUGGUUUAAUGCCAGGUGUGCUUGAUGCCGAAACACGCCGGAUGUUGGGGCUUAGGGAGCUCGAUCCACCUCCUUGGCUUAAUCGAAUGCGAGAACUAGGAUAUCCACCUGGCUAUUUAGACGUUGACCUGGAGGAUCAGCCUUCGGGGAUUAAAAUUUUUGGAGAAGAGACAAACGAGAAUGAAGACGAAAAACUUGGUGUGGGCCCCAUCGAGCCCUCCAAGAAGAAGGCAGUCGAGUUCCCUGGAAUAAAUGCUCCAAUUCCCGAGAAUGCAGACAAGUGGCUCUGGGCACAAAACCCUAUGAACUCCUCGAAUAUUUCCGAACACCGUUCACAACGCAGGCAUAAUAACCCCUCACCGUACGAAAAUCUCAACAGAAAUGAGCGGAGGUGGUCAAAGGACUACUUGGAUGACGAUGGCCCCCCGGGCUGCGCUCCCUGGACGAGCCCGUCUCUUUCGAAUCACUUACCUAGGUACAGUGAUUACGAGUAUGGGCUCAGCCCGCCUCUUUCGAAUCACUUCCCUAGAUAUGGUGAUUACGAGUAUGGUGGGCUCAGCCCGCGUGCUAGCCCGCCUCUUUUGGAUCACUUCCCUAGAUACAGUGAUUACGAGUGUGGGCUCAGCUCACGAGCUAGCCCGCCUCUUUUGGAUCACUUCCCUAGAUACAGUGAUUAUAAGUGUGGGCUCAGCCCGAAUGUGCCGUGGAGCCCAAGCUAUGGCAGGUCGUGGUCGGACAGGGGUAUGAGUUCCCCGCUGAUGCAUGAUGGUCCCCCGAGCCAUGGGCAAUAUGGUAAUUUCAUUCAUAACUCUCCCUGGUAA